AUGACUGUUGCCAGCCCACUCAAGAAAGAACAGUUCCAGAAAGAGGAUUGUUCGUUGCCCUUCCAUAAGAACUUUCGCUCCGGGAUGCCGUCCGUUUUGAGCAGGGGCCAUCCCAUCCAAAGACAAGGGCGCCCAGACAGGAUUGGUAACUUCGCGGGAGGGGACGCGGAGGAGGCGUUCCCGCCCGGUUGCUUCCUGGGCCCGGUGCAGGAGAAUUUGUGA